UUGUCCGGCACGCCGGAGCUACGCCGCAAUAUGACCGCGGCGGCGGAGGCGGUUCAGAGCUGUUUAUCUCUCCUCCAGGACUGCGAUUCCACCCCCAAACUCUCUCAGCUUCAUAAUCUUAUCCUAAAAUCAGGUUUCAAGAAUAACUUGUUAAUCCUCACCAAGUUCACAUCUGCUUGCUCCAAUCUGAACGCUCUCGAUUACGCCUUGCGUUUUCUCUUCUCCCCGGACGCCGAUUGUUCCGUCUACGAUGCGUUUCUUUUCAAUACCAUCAUCAGACCCUAUGCUCAGUCAUCCGACACUAAAACAAGGGCAGUUCAUUAUUUUAAGCUCAUGCUCGAUUAUGGUGUAACGCCCGAUCAUUUCACCUUCCCAUUUGUUCUGAAAGCUUGUGCUGGCAUUGGCCAGCUGAAUUUGGGGAUGCAGGUCCAUGGUUCGGUUUUGAAACUGGGUUUUGAUCAGGACCUUCAUGUAAGCAACACAAUCAUUCAUAUGUAUUUUUGUUGUGGAAGGGAAGUUGAGCUUGCUUGUAAGGUGUUUGAUGGAAUGCCCAAGGCAGAUUUUGUUACAUGGAGUGCAAUGAUAGGUGGAUAUGCUCGGCUGGGGAUGUCAGUUGAGGCAGUUGAAUUGUUUAGGAAAAUGCAGAUUUCUAGGGUUCGCCCAGAUGAAGUAACCAUGAUCUCAGUUGUGUCUGCUUGUACCGAUUUAGGUUCACUGGAGAUUGGGAAGUGGGUGGAGUUAUAUAUCGAGAAAGAAGAGAUUUUGAGAAGUGUUGAACUAUGUAAUGCAUUGAUAUGUAUGUUUUCGAAGUUGGGCGAUUUGGACAGGGCAUUGGAAUUAUUUAGGAGUAUGAAUGAAAGAACAAUUGAAUCUUGGACAUCUGUGAUUUCUGCCAUGGCUAACAAUGGUGGAGGUUUAGAAGCUAUUUCUUUGUUUGAUGAGAUGAAAGAAUCUGGCAUUGCUCCAGAUGAUAUUGCCUUUGUAGGUUUAUUAACUGCUUGUAGCCAUUCUGGUUUAGUUGAGGAAGGUAGGAAGUGGUUUGAUUCAAUGAAAAGGGUAUAUUCCAUUGAACCGAAAAUUCAGCAUUAUGGCUGCAUGGUUGAUAUGUUAUGUAGAGGUGGAUUUGUAGAAGAAGCAUAUAGGUUUGUGAAGAAGAUGCCUAUUAAGGCGAACCCGAUAAUUUGGCGGACGCUUAUUACAGCUUGUCAAGUUCAUGGAAAGUUCAGACUCGGGGAAAGUAUUGCAGAGCAGCUAAUUACAAGUGAGCCGCUGAACGAGUCAAACUAUGUAUUGAUUUCUAGUAUUUAUGUGAAAAUGAUGUGUUGGGAGAAGAAUAGUCUGAUAAGGGAAUUUAUGAAUAAGAAUGGAAUGAGAAAAGUGCCAGGAAGCACUAUGAUUGAAAUUGAUAACUAAUACACAUUUGUCUAGCUGUUGAAAAUUAUAAAUGUAACAUUUUAUUGCACAA